AUGGGUCAAGGAGGGAAUCUCACUCUGAUCAACGGCUCUCCGUACACGUGGGAGGUUUCCUAUGUCCACAGCUACCAGAUGAAUUCUUGGCCAUUCGACACGAGCACCACUGUCGCACCAGGUGCUGAUGUGCCAUUCUACGUCGAAUGGGAUGAGUCGAUUCUGGUUGAUACGGGUGAUGAUGCCGCGGAAGCCACAUUCACGCUUGAAGGGACAUCAUCGUACUUCCAAGUCCAAGCACGAUGGCAGUAUGUGCAAGUUGUUUUCGAAGGCAUCGAGACCGAGAACAACCCGGAAGGCAGUACCAUCAGCCUGGGUUGGGAGACUAACGGUGUUAUGCCGUUCAUCCUCUCAGGCAACACCAGCUCCUUCUCCUCCAACAACCCUCCCGUCGCGUGGAUGCAGAGUAACAUCGAGACGUUAGGCUCACGCCCCCUUCGCCAAAUUUGCAUUCCCGGUUCGCAUGAUGCAGGCAUGAGCGUACUCAACAGUGGCACGGCGUUCGCCACUACCGACAACACGGUCACGCAGACUACAACGAUCGGGGGACAGCUCACGUAUGGCUCGCGCUACUUUGACGUGCGUCCUGUCAUCAGUGCAGGCGAAUAUAUGGCGGGACAUUACUCGGAUAUCGAAGUGAUUGGCUGGCAGGGAGGCAACGGGCAAUCAUUCGCGGACAUCAUUGACGAGAUCAAUACGUUCACGGACGACAAUGCAGAGCUCAUUGUCUUGAAUCUCUCCCAUGAUCUGGAUACGGACUUAGACCCGGAUUAUGAGCCGUUCACCCAGGAGCAGUGGGAUGCCUUAUUCGAGCAGUUGACGGGCAUUAACGCGCUAUUUGUCGCUUCAAAUCCCUCGACGGUUGAUCUCUCGACACUUGCGUUGAGCGACUUCAUUGGGAGUGGGGAGGCAGCUGUCAUCGUCAUCGUCGAGCCGUCGAAUGGAAGCAUCACCCUUGGCGAUUACGCCAGCGGCGGCUUCUACUUGUACUCCCAGUUCAACGUCUAUAACGAAUACUCCGAUACCUCCGACCUGGACGAUAUGAUCAGUGAUCAGCUGCAAAAGCUGGCGGACGUUCGUCAGACCCCUGAUUCGCAGCUUUUCCUGCUCUCUUGGACCCUCACGCAGGACUUGGCGGACGCCAUCGAUCUAGACCAGACCAUCCUUCAGCUGGCUGCCACUGCUGAUCCUUUACUGUACACCGACCUCAUCCCAGCUUGCACCAGCGACACGUAUCCCAACAUCCUGUACGUUGACGGAUUCAACACUUCUGACCUGGCAGCCCUCGCGAUGGCGAUCAAUCUGAAGUUUGCGGCUUGA